UUUUUUUUUUUUUCUUCCUCUGGAUUAUAUUCUUCUGAUGGUUUUCAACUCCAACCCGAUGCAUAGAAAUGGGUAAACUGCACUCGAAACAUGCCGCUAUUUGUAAACCGAGGGAGAGUCCAGAAGGCGACAGUUUCGUAGUCAAUGCCUGUUUGGCGAGAAAGGGCAUCGACGACUGGCUCGUGAAGCAGAAGUACUAUUGCACGAGCUCUCGCCUCGAGCAACAGGACUGUCAUCACAAGAAUAGCUGCGGUUUGACUACACGGAAUGCCAUGGAUGAAGCACGUGCGGAGAGGAUCGGCGAUGAACACUACCGUUUGCAAGUGGCUUUACCCCCAGAGAAGACCGACAGCUGCUGUGUGCAGCAGAAGAUGCAGGAGAGGGGCAGCCAAUCCCCCGCAGGGCCACAGAAACAGCUCCAGUUUGAAGAGUUGGAGUGUGCUGUCUCCGUCGAGGAGGAUAACCGACAGGAGUGGACCUUCACCCUCUACGACUUUGACAACAAUGGCAAAGUCACCAGAGAGGACAUCACCAGCCUGCUCCACACCAUCUAUGAGGUCGUGGACGCCUCCGUCAACCAUUCUCCCAGCAGCAGCAAGACAUUGCGGGUCAAGCUGUCGGUGGCUCCCGACUCCAGCCAGCGGUGGAGGAGUUGCACACAGGGUGCGGCAGACAUGUCCCACCCCAGGGAGAAAAACGACAAGUGCAUAGAAGACCCCAAGAGUGCGGACAAGAAGACUCGAGCACUCCUCAGGCGCCACCACAGUGACCACCCCACCCAGCCUGGCUGCCAGCGCCACUGCGUGGAUGAGAACCUGGAACGCAGGAACCACUACUUGGACCUGGCAGGCAUCGAAAACUACACAUCCCGCUUCGGAGCCGCGCCUGCGCCAGAGCCGACGAAAGCGGAGCCUCAGACCCGCCCAUCCAACCAGACUCGCUCUCGCUCCCAUGAACCAGAAAAUGGCCACGCCCACUCCCACCACCGCCGCUUACAGACUGUUGUGGACACUGUUGCGCCCGUCAGCCUCCACCCGGCCCGCACGCGAGGCCAAGACUCGGGGAAACAUGCCCUCCGUUCUCCCAAGACCCACAGCCGCACACCUCCUGCGCAGAUCGGUGGCAGGGUGAUGCGGAGCCGAGGGGUCCCUCCUCCCACGGCGCUACCCAGCCAGACCCCCCCUCACCAGUCCACAGCCCCCUACCGCAAGCACAAGCAGCGGUCCAAGGAAAGCCAGGGCUACAGGGCCUUAGGCUCUCUGGCUCCGGGACCAGUGGUGGAGAAGGAGCAGGUGCGGGACCUGCCCAGUGUGCUGCUGUACGAGGGGGGGCUGGCACAAAUGGUGCAGCGGCAUGAGCAUCACCACCACCAUGAACACCAUCACCACUACCACCACUUUUACCAGUCCUGA